UCAAAACACUUGUUGAAUCAUUUGCUCUUGCUCUUGCUCUUGCUGUACAGGUGACCCGUUGGAGAGUCGGCCGCUGGCCGCAAGUGUCAACAAGCUGGCAGCAGCAGCAGCGGGCGGCACAACACACCGCGGCCGCCGCAUGACGGGAUUAGGAGAUUUAGAAACAUGGAGGCAAGUGGAAGAGGCCAAAUGGAGAGCAGUGCCAAAGUUGGGAUCGGAGUGGCUGUGCAAGUGGACCGCAAACGGAAAGGGCUACUGGCUGGUGCUGACUGAUGGCUCUGCUCUCUGGGGGGAAGCAAGGACUUCCGCCUACAUUCAUGAGAAAGCAGAAGAGUGGACACCAUGUGUUGAGGCAGAGAUGGAGAAGCUGUUGUCCUUAGUGCUGAUGGACCUGAGUCAGCAGAGUGUGCAGGCGUGCUGGGAGGGCCGGGAGUGUGUGGUGCUGCACGUCGCCUCAGCACUCAUGGACCUCAUGUACAAGUGGGAGUUCAAGCUGACUCGCCUGCCUGAUGAAGUGUAUCGGCAUCACUGGGUACUGCCACUGUUGGUGCAGGUUCACAGUCAGUCCCAGAAAGUCAAACAGCUGGAAGCGGAAGUGAAGGCCAAGACACGGCAGCUGCAAGACCUGCUUCCUGACAAUAAGAAACUUCCUAGUUCCAAGAAGAAGGAUGUGCGGCUGGAGGAGUGUGUGGAGGCAGUGGUGGUGAAGGGGGUGUGGAGUGUGCUGCAGGACCACCUGGAGGCAGCCCCCACCAUCACCAAGCACCUCACAACACUCAGCUCAAAGCCAGAGGCAGGAGAAACAGGUCUAGUGAAAGAGGACAAGAAAACCAUCAUGCUUGCCUCCUCCAGUCCCACCAAGAAGACUGUGCAAGAGGAACAAAAGGAAGAGCAGGAAGAGAAAGAAAAGUUGCGGAGAGCCAAGAUUCGGGAGAUCCAGCAAGCCUCACCAAAGAAGGGCACACAAACGAAAAAGAAGAAACUGAAACUACUAUAGCCAGCCAGGGCAUUUUUUAGGUAGGUACCAAAGCUGUAUAGUGUUGAUAAUGUCAAUUUUACCGUGAGGGAAUCAGCUGUAUUACCUACUUAAUAUUCCAAGGCUUGAGAAUUGUACAAGUAGUAGUAGUGAUAGUAGUACUAGUAGUAGUGAUGCAUUGUAUUCAAGGUCAUUAUUUGUUUAAAAAUUGAGAUUUCAUCUCACAUGUGUGUGGCUUUUGCCUUUUUACAUUGUUUUAUGUGGUAAUUAAUAAACAUAAUGGCAAUGCUAACACAAGGAUUGUUAGGAUGUAGUGCAGGAAAGAAACUCACAAAUAUUGAUUAGAAUACUUGUGGGAAAAAAAGCAGCCAAAGAAGAACAAUAUGAUUGUUCCACUGAAGAAGUAGUAUCCUUGAAAAAAGGAGUGACUGGAGAGUUUUUUUUUUUUUUACAACAAAGGAGGCAGCACAAGGGCACAAAAAAAACAAUAAUAAAAGAAAGCCCACUAAUCACUGCUCCCUUAAAAGAAUCAGAAGAGGUGGCCAAAAGCAAGGUCAAAUUCGGGAGGAGAGGUGUCCUGAAACCCUCCUCUUGAAAGAGUUCAAGUGGUAGGCAGGAGGAAAUACAGAUGAAGGAAGAUUGUUCCAGAGUUUACCAGUGUGAGGGAUGAAAGAGUGAAGAUGCUGGUUAACUCUUGCAUAAGGGGUUUGGACAGUAUAGGGAUGAGCAUGAGUAGAAAGUCGUGUGCAGCGGGGCCGCGGGAGUGGGGGAGGCAUGCAGUUAGCAAAUUCAGAAGAGCAGUCAGCGUGGAAAUAUCGAUAGAAGAUAGAAAGAGAGGCAACAUCGCGGCGGAAUUUAAGAGGACUAUCAGUAGGAGGAGAAGAGCUGAUGAGACGAAGAGCCUUAGCCUCCACUCUGUCCAGAAGAGUUGUGUGGGUGGAGCCCCCCCCACACGUGAGAUGCAUACUCCAUACGAGGGUGGACAAGGCCCCUGUAUAUGGAUAGCAACUGCACAGGGGAGAAGAACUGGCGGAGACAAUACAGAACGCCCAACCUCGAGGAAGCUGAUUUAGCGAGAGAGGAGAUAUGAAGUUUCCAGUUGAGAUUUUGAGUUAAGGAUAGACCGAGGAUGUUUAGUGUUGAAGAAGGUGACAGCUGAGUGUUGUCGAAGAAUAGUGGAUAGGUGUUUGGAAGAUUGUGUUGAGUUGAUAGGUGGAGAAAUUGAGUUUUUGAGGCACUGAAGGACACAAGGUUCCUUCUGCCCCAAUCGGAAAUGAUAGCAAGGUCUGAGGUUAAGCGUUCUGCAGCCUCCAGUCUGGAGUCGUGUACUUCCUGUUGUGAUGCUCUUCUAUUGAAAGAAGUUGAAUAAUGCAGAGUGGAGUCUGGUGAUUUAACCCUUGUGAAUUUUCAUUGUGAUUUAUUAACUAAAAUUAGAAUAAGUAAGAGCAAUACUAGUAAUUUUCUAAGGAACAUUGUGCUAACUGGGACACUGCCCAUUUGUACGUGCCUUCUUUUAACGCUUCCUUUGGCAAGCCUGGGGAUGUGCAGCUGUGAGCAUCUUCAGUGUUUGUGAAGGAUUGCAAAAUAAAGUAUGAAUGUUAA